AUGACAAACAAUGUGCAGGAGAUACAAAUUCCAUUAAUGAACAAUAGGAAAAAAGAAUGGAUUGGUGCAUGGCCAACAUGUGGUUCUGAACUUGUAUUAGGAAGAAUAGAAAAAAAAUCAAAAAAUAACAAGAUAAGGAUAGAACAUUGGAAUCACCUCAUUCAAAAUAUAGGAACUACCCCUACAUCAAACCCUCCUAUAUUAAUACAAUGCCAUGGAUGUAAAUACUCCAUACCACAAGAAAUUCAAAAUAGUGGUAAUUGUCAUUUUUGGUGUGAAUCAAACUCUGCUAUUGUAGUAACAACAUAUAAGAAAAGAUAUUUAAAUACAAAUGAUGAACAAAUUACACUAAAUAGCUCAAUAUUUGAGAUUAAACAAAAAGUUAUAGCUAGAAUAAACAAUAAUAUUAACUGA